AUGUCGCAUGCAUCUGGCCCAUUGCUUUUGGCGCUUCUACCUGCGGUAACUGCGCAUGGCGGUGGUGAAAGUAUGGACAUGGAUAUGGGAAUGGGAAUGGGAAUGGGCCAUGGUGGCAGCACCACGACACAACCGCCCAACAGCCAGGGCUACCCUGAUACCUACUUUGCGCAUACUGAACAUACUGGAGUUAUAUACACACACAUUGCAUUAAUGGUUCUUUCUUGGGUAUUUAUUCUACCAAUUGCCGUCAUGUUCUCACUGGCAAACUCUCGCUUUACACUACCGGCACAAUUUGUUUUCCUAGCUACAAAUUCUCUUGGAGUCCUGGUCGGCGUGAUAUAUAACGCGCAGACCCCAGACCUGUAUCCAAACAAUGCGCACCACAAGAUUGGCUGGAUUGUGACCUGGGUCGUUUGCGCCCAGGUCCUUGUAAGUGCCGUGGGCUGUAUCGCGGGAGCUCUAAGGGGUAAACGAAAGACGUCGAGUAACGACACACAUGCCUUUCUGCCUAUCGCGACGCAAGAGGUCGACUACUCUUCGCACAAUGGCUACCACAAUGCCAGCCCCUACCGCAUGUCCAACGACAGUGGGCGAGGAAUCGAACCAGACACACCCUCGCUUCGAAGCGACUCGGCAUCUACUCUCAAUGGCAUAGAGUCGCCUAUCAACUACCACAGGAAAGAGUACGAGGAUGAUGAUGGCGACCUAGAGGAAUUAUCACUAGCCUCUCCUGAACCUCAGGGAACUUUUGCUCACCACGCCUCUAAGAUCGCUGCUUCGCGAGUAUGGAAGUAUCUCGACCUCGGCCGUUGCAUAGUUGAUCGCAUUAUCCUCCCCUUCGGCUUCGUUGCGCUUGCAACCGGUGUUGUCACUUUUGGUCGUUUCUUUGAGGGUGGCGGAAUCUUCAAUGGAUUGGCGCAUUGGAUUAAGGGCGGUGUUUUCUUCUGGCUAGGUAUCUUCACCCUCGGCCGCUGGACCGGCAGCUUUGGAGAGCUUGGCUGGGCGUGGAAUGUUCGACCAAGGAAGGACUCCCAGAAGUGGCGUCCUUCUGCCGAGUUUGCCGAGAGCUUCUUGAUCUUCUUCUAUGGCGCUACCAAUAUCUUCAUGGAGCACCUCGGGGGUUGGGGAGGAGACUGGACCGCCCAGGACAUGGAGCACAUCUCCAUCACAGUUCUGUUCAUUGGGGGAGGCUUGUGCGGUAUGCUCAUCGAGUCGACACGUAUUCGCCAUCUUCUCAACACAACCGUGGACGAAGUUCAACCCAGGAGCCCCUACACGGCCGAAGAAGCAAACGAACCUGAAGCCCCCGACACAUACGAGCUCUCGCUCAACCCCAUCCCAGCUUUAGUCAUCAUGCUGCUUGGACUCAUGAUGAGCUCCCACACACAGCAUACCAUGAUGUCCAGCAUGGUUCAUAAGCAAUGGGGUGACCUCCUUCUAGGAGCUUCGCUUGCUCGAGGCUUGACAUACCUCAUAAUGUACUUGAAGCCACCCAAGUCCAUUCUCCCAUCACGUCCCCCAACGGAACUCUUGGCUGCUUUCGGACUGAUCGCUGGAGGUAUCAUCUUUAUGGCUAGUAGCACUGAUACUGUCGACGGAAUGAUCCACUACAAACUCGACGUCAUGUUCAUAUACACUGUCACCAUGGGUCUGGUCGCCAUCCUGAUGGCUUGGGUCGUUAUCAUCCUCGCCAUUAAGGGAUGGGCUGUCCGACUCGAACGACGCCGUAAUUCGAAUUAG